AAAUCACUUUUAUUUCGUCAAAUAGACUGUCACGUUGAAUUUAUAUCAAGUCAAUCUUCAUCAUUUUAAAUACAACAUUAAUGUAUUGAUAGUACGUAAUUAGUGUUAUUCGUUAGCCUUGGAGUGUGAUUUUUCAUGUUAUCAUUAUUGUUGUAAAGGUCAUUGAGAUGUCUAAAGAAAAAGAAGAAAUUAAGAAUGAUGUCGCUGCUUCAGAGCAGAACGGAGAAAAACGCAUUGGUUGUGCACAUUACAAACGAAGAGCCAAGUUCGUGACCCCGUGCUGUAACAAAAUGUACAUGUGCCGUUACUGUCACGAUGAGAAUGAGCAACAUUAUUUCAACCGCAAGUCUGUGACUGAACUGAUCUGCACCGAGUGUGACACUCGGCAGAAAGUGCAGGCCGUCUGUGAGAGUUGUGGUGUUACUUUUGGCAAGUACACAUGCCUCAUUUGCAACCUAUUUGAUGAUGAGGACAAGAAACAAUACCAUUGCGAUGGCUGCGGCAUAUGUCGUGUCGGUGGUCGUGACAGGUUCUUCCACUGCGAGCGGUGCAACAUGUGUCUACCAGUGCAACUGCAACGCGUGGGGCAUCGGUGCGUAGAAAACGUAUCCCGCUCAAACUGUCCCGUGUGCCUGGAGGACAUCCACACAUCGCGCAUCCCGUGCCACAUCCCGGACUGCGGCCACCUGCUGCACCGGCCCUGCUUCGAGCAGCUCCUGCACUCGGGACAUUAUGCCUGCCCCACGUGCCAGACCAGCAUGAUUGAUAUGGCCAAUCUAUGGAGUUAUCUGGAUUCGGAAGUGGCUGCGACGCCGAUGCCACCCGAAUAUGCAGACUACAAAGCUACCAUACUGUGCAAGGAUUGUCAUAAGCUGUCGACAGUCAAGUUUCAUGUCGUAGGUCUGAAAUGUCAGCAUUGUGGAGCAUACAACACUUGCCAAACUAAUGGAUUCCAAAAAGAGUCCAGCACCAGUGCAGAAGCAGGUGACUCGUCAAGCUCAACCUCGACCUCCACCAGCCGGAGCGGCUCAUCCUCCGUGGCGUUCGAGCCCCGAGAAGAGCGCAACGACGACCUUCCACAAGCCAACCCUUUAGACGAACCGCCCCAAGCUUGACAUCUCAUGUGAGAAUAAUCAUAGCCAGCUCUUAGAUAGUUGGCAAUGGGAAGGAUAAAUUUGUUUACUUUUGGUAUCGAUGACUCCGCACAGACUAACUCCUUAGACGACCUUAGAUUUGCCAGCUCUAACAAUGAAGAUUGUAAAAAGAGAAUUAAAUUUGCCUAUCCCUUAUGGUGUCAACAGUAUCAGGAGUUUGUUCAAGGGGUUAUUUUGUGGGACCAAAACAACGCCUUGAACAAACUCCUACAUGUUUAACAUCUCAUACAAGAACAUUAACCUUUGGAGAAUCUCUGUGGAGAGAGGUUUAAACUAACUUACCUAUUGUGGUGUCGAUAAUGUUACGAUUUCCUGCAAGGCGGACAUGAAGAGCCAGCUUGACAUCUCAUGUAAGAUUGGACAACCUUGGACACUGUUCACAAGUCGAAAGGAAGGAAAGGAAAUACAAACGAACGAGUAUGAGAGAGAAUAACCAAGAUGAUUGGGUAUUGUUCAUACAGAAAGUGACUGACUUCUUAGUUUCUUAAGACGUCAAGCCUAACGCCUUAUUCAAAUUAGAAGGAUUUACUCAUUGCAACAAAAGUAGAGUUUGCUCGAUAUAAGAUCGCUUUGUGCUAAAUAUAUAAAUCAUUCAUAUAUGAACUGUUAACUGUUUACUGAACAUAGGCACCAUAAGGGAGGUUUUGCCACUAGUUGCGACGCUUGGUAGGCAAGUUGGCAACUGCAGUUACAUUUUUGGUGAUGCUUUAAGAGGGACGCUGCUGCCCAUCCUUCGACCAAUAUAUGUAAAUACUAUGUAAUAAUGAGUAUUCUAUGAACAUAAAAGCUCGUUUUUAACUUACCAGCGUGAAGGCGAGAUUUUUUAAUGGCAUGAACAUGGAAUGGUAACUCCGCCUGUGCUAUUGAUAUUAACUACUAUCGAUGCUGACGGGGACGGGAUAUAAAGGAUGAUAGGUGAGGAUAAAAGCAGGUCAAUUGGUCCAUCGUUACGAAUUCACCAAGAUUUCCAGGGGUAAUCACGUGGUGAUCAACCUGAUGCUAAUGCUGUUAGAUCCCAUUAUGAACAAUUCCUUCCAUAGCGUAUAGACUGGAAGUGAGCAGCUGUAGUCUUCAUAUACAGGGUGGCCAAAUUACAUCGCGUGGAAUCUACUUGUAAAUUAAUCAGGCUGUACUGAUUGCUAAGUGGUUUUAAAUAUAUAUUAGAGCUCCUAACACCAUAACUUAGUAUUAACAAAAAACAAAACGAUUUAAACGUGAAAAGAAUAGCUCAAUAAUGAAAAUAAGUGAAUAGAUAUUGUUUCUAAUUUAAUCGCUUAAGGUUAACGUGCACUUAUCCAUAUUAAAAGAUUUGAAGUUAACGAAAAUUUUGAUUGCAUGCGUAUCGCAUAUUUUUUUUUAAUGAAAAAUGGAAUAGUGACCCUAGCAGCGCUAUCGGUAUACGCUGGCAGGACACCAGUUAUAUAUGAUAGGCGAGAAUGAAGGCAGGUCAGUCGGCACAUCAUGAAGAAUUUGACAAGAAUUAACCACAAUGGUUUCCAGGAGAAACCGCGUGGACGUCGACACGAUAGGGGCAUAUUGCUAGUAACAGGACUGUUAGAACCCAUUAUUAACAAUCCCUUUCUCCUUUAUUGCCUUAUUUAGACCGCUUCAUAUGAUUCGGACCGCAAUUCGUUAAGGGAAUUGCCGAACUCCCGAAUACAAACAACUGAUGCUUUUAUAUGAGGUUAAGUGCGCGUUCACCUUUAAUAUCUACUAGUACUUUUAAAAUGACCACCUCUUUGAUAUAACAAAAUGUAAGGGUGUUUAUGAAACAUACGGCCCGCCUGAUGGUAAAUAAUUACUGUACCCGUGGUUGGCUGCAAUACCAAGUGUGUCAUGUCAAUGACUAAGCAAUUAAACUUUAUACCAAUAGCAAAUUCAGAAUAGCAAUAAUGAUAGUUUUAAUCAAUUGUUAAUAUUUAAUAAUAAAGUCGUUUAGUUGCGAAUUUUUAUAACCUAAUUAUAUUUAAAUAUUUAUAUUUAAACAUAAUAGUUAUAUUUUUUAAGUGCAAUGUCAGGCAGUUAAAAAAGUUUAAAUUUAUAAUAAAUUAUUAGAACCUCAUCAAAAUUGAGCCAGCCUAAGAAUUGGCAGCUAAGCGGUAAUCCAAUUUAUAAAGCUAUUAUAAUAUUUUUUUAAUAAAUUCGACCCAUUUAAGUAAAAAAUGACCAAGGUUUUUCUAAGACCGCAUCUCUCAUACCCCACAUGCGCACAUAAUUCAAAGAUAAUCACUAAAUUAUUUGGUAAAUUUUCUUUUUUUCCUCUGACCCAUAAUUUUUUUUAAGCGUUUAACAUUUUUUUCCUAUAAAUUAAAACUUUAAAGAGAGAGUGUGUCUUUAAUUUCGAUCUUUUUAAUAGUUUUAUUAAAAAUCUUAUUCAAUGCUCAUAAACACAAUUUAAUCUUGAUACUGUUAUGAAACAUUUAAUAUUUAGUUGGUUUAAAAGCGAUUAUAAUAUUUUAAAUGUUAUUUUACUGUAUGUAAUUAUUAUUAAACCAUAAUCACUUGCAAAUUGUAUUAUAAUAUAAUACAAUAUAUAACAACUUUUGUUAUUCCAUUUAUUUAUAUUCCAUUAUAUAUAAAGAGAGUCCAUCCAAUGAUUUAUUUAGAAAUGUCAUCUGUUUUCUGUUAUAGAAAGGUAGCCUCAAAUAUAUAAACUUUUGUCUUACUACUAUUCAAUAAGUUAUUGUAACUUUAUAUGUAAAUAGUAAAUAUAUUAAUAUAAAAAUACCUUCAACCUAACAUACAUAAUUACUAAAUUUUAGUACCUAAGUUUAAAAUUAAGAGGGCCAAAAACGGUAUCUUUAGCCUGACUGAACUAUGUAACCUUUAAUUUACCAUUAGUCGCAUUGUAGUCAGCCAGUAUUCUCGUUCCAUAAUCAAAAUUGAGAGAAAAAAUAUAAUCCUAUUGCUGUUUUAUUUUUAAAUGUCAAACUCGAGUGUAUUCUAAUUUUAAAUCGCUAAUAAUUUAUGCAAUGUAAAAUUUUCUUUAUCUAGAAAAAUGGACCUAUUAUUAUAGUAUUUUUAUUUUGCUUUCUACCAAAUGUGAAUGAAGGUCCUUUCCCCUUUUGCGUGAAUAAUAUGAUGACAUUAUUAUUAUUGAAAAAAUAAGCUUUAUUUAGCUAGAAAAACCUGUGACAUUGCGACCUUUCCAUGAUCUUUUGUUCUCGCCCCUUUUUUUUUUAAAGUUCGCUGCUGAUUCCUAUCAGUGAUAGGAAUUUUUUAAAAUAUUUUUUGUAGCUAUGUUUUUUUUAUCUCCUCAGAAUAUAAAGUGUAUUUUUCAACGAGAAAUGACAAACAUACUGUCUUUCGAAUUAUUUCACAUUGCAAAUGUUAAGGUAUUCAUAUUUUUAGAAAUGUAAAUUUUUCCGCUUCUGUGUAAGCGCUAUUGCACAUUGUUUAACCUUGUCAAGCUAAUUUACACCUUAAUUUAAGCAUGUUAAGUAUAUUAUGUUUAGCUGUAAAGUAUAAGCGAUCUGUGAAUUAUGAUAAGUUCAUUAUUUUGUAUUGUUGAGUUGAGUGGAUGUGGUUUAUUUUUGAAUGACGUCAUCCAUUAGUUGUAUUUUGUUUUCGAACAUCGAAUAAACAGCGACAUAUGCAA